CAAAGUGAUGUGUUUGGCUGCUGGGCUGAUGCUCCUGACCCAAGAGUCUGAGUCACAGCUGGGUGUUUGUGGUCAGCCAAAGCUCAACACCAGGAUUGUAGGAGGACAGGCGGCCCGCGCUGGCAGCUGGCCCUGGCAGGUCAGUCUGCAAAGAUUUGGGUCCCACUUCUGUGGAGGAUCCCUCAUUAACAGUCAGUGGGUGCUGACUGCUGCUCACUGCUUUCAAACCAGUACUCCAACCGGUCUGACUGUGAAUCUGGGCCGUCAGAGUCUACGGGGAUCUAAUCCCAAUGCAGUGUCUCGGACAGUAACACAGAUCAUCAAACAUCCAAACUACAACUCUGGUACCAACGACAACAACAUCUGCCUCCUGAGGCUCUCUUCACCGGUGACUUUCAACAACUACAUUUCUCCCGUCUGCCUGGCAGCUUCAGACAGCAUCUUCUACAGCGGUGUUAACAGCUGGGUCACCGGCUGGGGCAACAUAGGAAGUGGAGUGCCCCUUCCCCCUCCACAAAACCUGAUGGAGGUGGAGGUUCCUGUUGUGGGAAACAGGCAGUGCAACUGUAACUAUGGAGUGGGAAGAAUCACUGACAACAUGAUCUGUGCCGGGUUAAGUGCAGGAGGAAAGGACUCCUGUCAGGGGGAUUCAGGAGGUCCAAUGGUGAGCAAGCAGAUUGGUCGCUGGAUUCAGGCAGGAAUCGUCAGUUUUAGGGAAGGUUGUGCCAGGCCGAAUCUUCCAGGAGUCUACACCAGAGUAUCCAAGUACCAGACCUGGAUCACGAGCCAGAUCUCCUCCAACCGGCCGGGCUUCAUGACGUUCAAGUCUACUGGGACCAACAGUGAUCUCAGUGUUACCUGCACAGGACUGCUACCACUCUACAAACACCACACUUUCAACAAACACCACACUUCCAACAGCCACCGACCGUCCAACAAACACCACAAGACCUACAAACACUACACUUCCAACAACUAUGAACCGUCCAACAAAUACAACCACAACUACAAACACCACACUUCCAACAACCACCAACCGUCCAACAAACACUACACUUCCAACAACCACCAACCGUGCAACAAACAGCACAAGACCUACAAAUGCCACACUUUCAACAACCACCAACCGUCCAACAAACACCACCACACCUACAAACACCACACUUUCAACAACCACCAACCGUCCAACAAACACCACAAGACCUGCAAACACGACACUUCCAACAACUAUCAACCGUCCAACAAAUACAACCACAACUACAAACACCACACUUCCAACAGCCACCAACCGUCCAACAAACACCACAAGACCUACAAACACCACACUUCCAACAACUAUCAACCGUCCAACAAACAGCACAAGACCUACAAACACUACACUUCCAACAACUAUCAACCAUCCAACAAACACCACUAG